GUGGCCAUGGUGGUCCAAUGGGUGGCCAGGGUGGUCCAAUGGGUGGACCAAUGGGUGGCCCAAUGGGAGGUGGCGGUCCUAUGAGGGGUAGCUCCGGCGGUCCGAUGCCAAAGAAACAUAAGCGGCCGCUACUCAGCAAUCCACCGUCGAAUCACCGAGUGCGAGGUUCAGAAGGGAUGGGACCGAGGCACUUCGGCCCGUCGUCCCCACACGUCCAAAAUGUCAGGAUUGAAGGCCCUCAGCCCUUGAUGGGGAUGCGCUUGGAACCGCUGCCUCCCGGCACGGAGGAAUCCCGAGGCAACGGGGAGGAGGGUCCUGCGGCGAAGAGGGCCAUGGUGACGUACGGACCGGAGCUUCCCCAGGCGGGAGCGUACAGUCAGGAGCCGUACGAUCCCGCCGAUCCAACGUCAGAGAGUAGUGUGUAUUCGUGGGAGAGGAGGAGAGAUACCACUGCCACCAUGAUUACUGACGAGGCGGAGAAAAGGGAUGUGGAUACCAAAAUAUCCAAAAAGAAAAAGAAGAAAGCGAUAAAGAAUGACAAGUUGUACUGUCCCGCGUGCGAGGUGACCAGUAACACGCAGUUGAACUUCAUGCAGCACAUGCAGGGUAACCGCCACAAACUGCGCAUCGAGGAAAUCAGGAAGAAUCACGCUGAGAUCUCGCAGAGACUCGUGCAGCUGAAAGAAGACAACGCCGCCAACGCAAGCAAAGGCAAUGCCACGGCAGGCAACACCAAGAAGUCGGAGGCGAACUCUGCGGAUGACGCCGCCAACGUGCCGGCCGUUGGAUCGAUCAUCCAAGUGCAGAUAAAGAACGAGAGUGCGCAGCUGCCUGAGCCGAAGAAGCCAUUGUUCUGCAAAGUGUGUCAGGUGACGUUCACUGAACCCCUGAUAGAGCAUCGAAGGACAAAGGAACACAAGCGUAAGAAUAGAGAGCAGCGGCCGAGCUGCCAGCAAUGCAAUCAGACGUUCACGUCGCCGUGGAAAUUUGUGAGACACUGCAACCUAGACCGACACAAGUUUAACUAUCAGCACUGGCUUCAGCAGCAGUCGAAGGAGCCGCCAGAAAAGAAAGCGGAGGACGCAGAAGCAGCUAAGGCUAGCUUUGAGGAUUCGCUGCACAGGAAUCAGCCCGUUGACCCUCAGAAGCAAGUGGAGACAGAGGUUGGCUCUGCUGUUUCAACGCCCACUGGCCAAACUGGCCAGGAGACCAAAGUAGGAGCUCUCGACCAGGGUAAUAUAAAGAAUGCGGGCGCCUCGGGAAAGACCGCGUUGGUUGACUCCAAGCCGACUUCGGCGGAGUCUCUCGGGCCGUACGAUCCUAACACGACUGUCGGUCUGGAAUUUGUCGUGCCCGUUAGUGGGUAUUUCUGCAGGUUGUGCAGCAAGUUCUACGGUACAGGGAACUCGGCCAGACAUCACUGCCAGUCUCAACAGCACUAUCAGAAAGUUUGUAAUAACUUAAAGCAAAAGCAGAGCAAGAUGGCGAAGCAAGAAUUAAGACAGAAUGUUGCAGCUGUGGAUACUCAGCAGAAAGCAGAACGGGAGGAAAACGAAGAUGGCACGUCCACUAAGCAAGGCACGGCUGGUGAGGAGCAGCAGCAACCUACGUCUGAGAAAAGCGAGCCGACGAUAGAUGGAGAGCAGACAAGUGAGCAGCAGGCAAAUGAACAGCAGAAGAUGGGCGAACAGCAGAGCACAGAAGAACAGCAGAUGGAUGAACAGCAGACAAGUGAGCAGCAGAAGACAGGCGAACAGCAGUCAAGUGAACAGCAGAAAACAGAUGAACAGCAGACAAGUGAGCAGCAGAACACAGGCAAACAGCAGUCAAGUGAACAGCAGAAAACAGAUGAACAGCAGACAAUUGAACAGCAGAACACAGAUGAACAGCAGACAAGUAAGCAGCAGAAAACAGAUGAGCAGCAGACAAUUGAGCAGCAGCAGACAAGUGAGCAGCAGAACACAGAUGAACAGCAAACAAGUGAGCAGCAGAAAACAGAUGAACAGCAGACAAGCGAGCAGCAGAACACAGAUGAACAGCAAACAAGUGAGCAGCAGAAAACAGAUGAACAGCAGACAAUUGAGCAGCAGCAGACAAGUGAGCAGCAGAACACAGAUGAACAGCAAACAAGUGAGCAGCAGAAAACAGAUGAACAGCAAACAAGUGAGCAGCAGAAGACAGGCAAACAGCAGUCAAGUGAGCAGCAGAACACAGAUGAACCGCAAACAAGUGAGCAGCAGAAAACAGAUGAACAGCAAACAAGUGAGCAGCAGAAGACUGACGAACAGCAUGCUGGGAGGGAUGCUGACGAGGUCGCCAUGGAGACGACGAGCGUGGUCGCGCGGGGCGGCGGCGACGCGAAGGAGGCAGACGGCGGUGUGUCCCGGGACGAUGGGGUGGCGGUGGUCAAGGUCAACGUGGCGACUCCAGCAGGGGGCGCCGGUUCGGAAGCUGACGAGCUCGCUGCCCUCGAAACGCUCUGCGGCGGCAUCUCUUAGUCGGUGCAAGUGCUGAUGGUUAUAUACAUAUAUAUAUAUAAUGUGUGUAUAUAGAUAGAUAUAUGCAUAAAAUGUAACAAAAUAGUGGCAGUAACUUGUGUGCGCAAAUACGAGUGCACUUUAAACACGACAAACACGCGUGAAUUCGUCUCUGAGCUCGCGUUUAUUUCCCCCCCCCCCGGCCCUCGGCAGCCGGGAACUGCCGCUGUGUGACAAUUUCACUUCGUUUGCGCGCGCGCAUACCUAGCGACAGUCGCGAAGCAACAAUCGCCCUAAUGAAAAUAACGUCGUGGAAUACUUGGGCGCCGUCGGUUUAUAUUUUUGGUCGGUUUAUUUUUUUGGUGGCACGCGUGCGUUUCCUUCGCGAGUUGAUUAAAAAAACCGGAGGCCCCCUGCUGCUGCUUCCGAUGACUGAUUUGCAUUUUGAUGGGUGCUCUGCUGCCGCGGAGGACGUCUGACACUCACUUGCCGAUAGAAAUGGAGCAAUUUGGUAGACGCCCCCCCCCCCUGUUGCCCUUGCGCGCGCAUCCCCUAAUGGUGCAUAAUGGGGAAAAAUGCGUGGUGCGACGUGCAUUCGCCGAGAAAAAUGUUUGCCGCUGUUAUUAUUUUUUGUUGUUACCGUAAUUUCGGUAGUUACUGGCGGCACAGUGGCCGCCGACUCUACGUUGUUUUCGCUGUGUCGUAUUAUAUCACGCUCGUGAACCUCUAGCGUGUCCGUCAAGGCUACAAGGUCGUUAGCGGUAAUAGGAGCGCGGAGUUCUUACCCCCCCCCCCGCCCGCCUCCUCCUUCCUUCCUCUCCGCCCGCCAAUCUGCGGUUUAUGUUGGUCAGAGUGUCAUGUGUCGUGUGUCGUACGUCUAUUAUGAUGACGCUCCUGGAGCGUAUAUGGCGAGCUACGGAGCGUCUAUUCUACGGCGCUCCUGGUCAGAGUAAAUGUUAUUUUUGCAGUGCGCAGUGGUAGCAGGUGACCGACCACCAAGUGCUGUUACCACCGAGCAGUGGCAUAGCCAGGAUUUUUUAACAGGGGGGCCAAAAACAGCGAACUGCGCAAAAUAGUGGAUGACUUAAAUUUUAAUGGUUCCACCGCCUCCCUCUCCACACCCUACGCUCCCCCACUUCGCAGCUCUGCAAUUUUUGUUUUGGGCGCCGUGCAUAACGGCGACAUUUUUGUUCGUUGUUCUGUCCUAUCAAGAUAUAUAAUAUAAAAGGAGGGGUGCAAAACAGUAACGUAAUACACGGCCUCUAUAUAGAUGCCCUGUCUCCCGAGUCCCGACGUAGAACAGUCCGUCAUCCGGCGGAUGUCGGUCGAGAGGUCGCGAGCACUUAAAACUGUAAAAUAAAAUGUGAAAGGUUCUUCGGGAAAAAUCUUCCAGUUCCUAACUCUGAACGAUUGUAUCUACUCCCCACUGUUGUCUGUCCGUCAGGACCAUAGAAAUAAUAUAGAUAGCAUAAUAUAGAUAGUCCAUCUAUAUUAUUUCUAUGGUCGGGACAGCGGAACGCGUAAUGUAAUCGUGAGUCUGUUUUGUCUACGUAAAUAAAGUGGUGUGGAAGAGAAAUUUCUA